AUGACAAACGCCCAGAACAAUCCUCAAAAGCCUUCCAAUUGCUACACUCUAGCAGAGCUUCAUCAAGAGAUCGCAAAAGACGAGGAAUGGCGAACAAAGUUUUGCUAUCUACCGACAGUUACCAAGGAAGGCCGCGGAUUUUAUUCUGAUGCAGAGCUACUGAUCGGGGUUUCUAAACACGAUGAAGAAACCCGCGUGUACGCUGAAUUGUACCUCGCAACGAGUGGCCUCUACAAUUUGGUAGCCAUCAAGCUCCCUAAUGACAGUAUAGGAACGCGCCAACAACAAAGAGGGGAAGCAGUACCGAAGCUGCAGCACAUCAAGUUCCUUGAGCCUUUCGACCGGCUCAGUGACGUUGGUAGCCGCCACUGGUGCCAGGAACUACGUUUCUUGGUCUCGUACUAUGGCCUUGAACAGCAAGCGAUUGACCGCUGUGUCUUCAAGAAAGAUGGUCUAGAAGCGUUGAAGCGGGCAUGCAUACACAUCGCAGACGAGGCUAUUUUAUGGAAUGAAAAGCCACUUCGGCCGCUUCUCAUCAUUCCAACAACUACUCAUGACACGAAAACCACAACUCAGCUAAGCACCCAAGAAGACUAUGACGAUGAGGAGACAUACUUCAAGCAAGAGGAGUCACCGAUAGAGCUGGGGAAAGUGUUUGAGAACGACCAAGCGCUUCCGAAGAAACAGGCCACAAGCGAAGACGAAGAGCAGGAAGAUGAAGACUCAGAAUUGAUGUUCAAUCGCUCCAAGCGCAUCGUACGAGACAGGGUACGACUUCAGAUCGAGAGCCUGGAAAGAGAAGAAAAUGGCGCCCAAGAGACAUUGAGUGCGCAGAUGAUGUCCUUCAACGAAGCCCUGAAGUCAGUCUGUACUUACGAGAAGGCCUUGAUGGAUGCCAAGGCAAAGGCACAGGUCGAGCAGGCAGCAAAGACGGCUGCGGAGACAAAGUUGGAGAAGGUGCGCGGUGAAUUGACCGAGAAGAGGGUGUUUGAAAAGGGCUUUGACUCUUUCCACACUUAG